UCAAACAAACCAGCCAUGUCACCGCCUUCGUUGCACCUGACCCUCCUCCUCUGCCUCGCCGUGCUCACCGCUGCUUCUCCGCCGCGCUUGCAGUUGGAGCACUGCCUCGACAACCCGCCGGAACCGACGGCGGCCGGCGCCGUCGUGCACGACAUGGCAGGCUUCGAGGCCUACGUCACCGGCGACGUCCACUCCGGCCGCGCCGUCGUCCUCGCCUCCGAUGUCUUCGGAUUCGAAGCACCAUUGCUGAGGAAAAUAGCUGACGAAGUUGGUGAAGCCGGAUAUUACGUCGUGGUGCCUGAUUUCUUCCACGGACAACCUUACAAUGGAGACGCAAAUAUAAGCAUUACAGAGUGGAUCAUGGCUCACUCGGCGGUAAAAGCAGCUAAAGAUGCUAAACCACUCUUUGCUGCUCUAAAAGGAGAAGGGAAAUCUGUUGUUGGAGUUGGAGGCUAUUGUUGGGGCGGAAAGUUUGCUGUGGAGGUGGCGAAAACCAACGAGGUUGAAUCGAUUGUGAUCUCCCAUCCUACAGAUGUGACUGCUGAUGAUAUGAAAGAUGUGAAAUGCCCCAUUGAAAUACUUGGAGCUCAGAAUGACUUUGCAACACCAUCAAGAUUAGUGUACCAGUUUGUGGAUGUCUUGAGUGAAAGAACAGAUCAGGUUGACUACUUCGCCAAGAUCUUUCCAGGAGUUGGCCAUGGCUUUGCUUGCAGAUACAACUACAGCAACCCGUUUGCUGCAAAAACUGCUGAGCUAGCUCUUGCCCUAAUGCUAGACUGGUUUCAGAAAUACUUGAAACUAGAUGACAUCCUGUAGCGUUCCUAUGGAAAUCUGCAAGAAACAAUCGGGCAAAAUGUAUUUUCUCUCUGUUUUUUUUUACAGAAUAAGGCAGUAUAGAAAUUUGCAGCAAUCGAUGGAGAACAGUGAUUGUACGCAACAUAUUGACGGUUGAGAUCUAGCAAUGGAAGAGAUCCAGUGACUGUUAUUGUGGCUUAUGGAAAUUCCCAUUCCUUACUCUGAAUAUUAUCUCUAUGGGAAUUCAAACCAAAGCAUAUGUAUUAUCAAGUUAAGAGGAAAAAUUAAUCUUUAAAUUGAAUGUUGGGGGAAAAAAAUGCAACCUGAAAGAGGGGACUUCU